GUCACACGCUCCAGUGAGGUCUUCUUUGAGUGUGUUAACCGGAUAAAUCAGUGAAUCCUUUUCGAAAGAGAUCGAAAGUGUGUUUUUUUUUCUGUUUUAAUUUGAGGGUCUUUUUGUAUAUUCUUUUUUUUUUUUUUCUUUAAACAAAUGAAUGGUGGUUGUUCAUACAUUGUGGUUUAGUGUUGCUGGAAUAUAAAGGAUUUUGAAGAAUAUACACGAGAGGUUAUAGAACAUCUGAUGCUUUGCGAGCGCCACAGCUUAGCUUCAAGGCGCCUCUAAGAUGAUAAGGUUCACAUGGCGGGAUCGACGGAGCCCUUUGCCAGAAGUCUGAUCAAGGGAAGUCAGCUCCUUUUGAUCUGACGAAAAAAGAAAAAAAGAAAGAAAACAAAACAAACCAGUAACGCGUAAGGGAAAGAAAACGGAGAGAGAAAAAAGAGGGCAGCACUUAUAGAAAAAGAAAACGGAGAGAAGAGGCAAGGCCACAACUGAGAGGAAACGGAGAGGAGAGACACGCUAGGCCUUAGUACGUAGAUGUGUUCAAUAAGAUCAACGUAACUUCUUUGUGACUCGAGCGUUUGGAAGAUAGCUAUUUUAGAACUGGGGAAAUGGAGGUCUACAAUUAUGCAAAUUUUGUUUUCGUAGCGACCGCCACAGCUUAACUUCAAGGCGCCGAUAAGACGAUAAGAUAGGGCGAAAAGAGUUGCAUGGCGCGCGCGACGAAGCCCUCUGCCAGAAGUCAGUUCGCAGGGCGCUUCCCCUUCAAUCUGAUCACGGAAAGUCAGCUCCUUUUGAUAUGACGAAAUAACAGCAACGCGUCGGUGAAAGAAAACGGGGAGAGGAGGCAAGACCACAUGUGAGAAAAGCGGGGAGAGGUGACCUCGUCCCUGACCUCGUUACGUGUCCUACGAGUGAUCCCCAGCCUACACACCCAAACAAACACCAUGGAAGGCCUCGCGACACAAGCAGAGAGCCAAUUCACGGACACAAACGGCACGACCAGUGGCCACACUAAUACAGGCGAAGUGCAGACGUGGUCCCUCGUACUGGCCAUGAUUGUGACAUUAACAGUGAUGGUUAUUGGGUCCCUCGGAAACCUGCUCACGCUCGUCACCCUCGCGCACCAGUUCUGCAUGCCUGUUCGACUUAGGUGCAUCAACAUGACACCUGACACUGUGCUCAUCAUUAACCUGGCACUCGCAGAUUUUCUCUACUCGGCCGUCAACCUUCCCUUUAUGUUCAUUACUUAUUACACUAUAUAUAAGGGUAACAUCUCAGGGAUCCCUACAGUGCCUUGGGAGAGUGAUAUGAGUGCCUGCAGUUCCUCAGCUUUUCUCAGAUACACCAAUGCUUUCUCGGAAUGGAUGACUUUGGGUCUUAUGGCCUUAGAGAGGUGUAUUUGUAUCUACAAGUUUCGCCACAACAGCAGACGUCCGAGCAAGUGGUUUACGUGCUGGAAAACCUUAAUUUAUUGCAUAAUCAUUUGGAUGCUUGGCAUUGCACUGCAAAUGCCAACAUACCUCGGGGUGUACGGGAAUUUUGGUUACAACAACAUGACCCUCAAGUGUGAUUUCAUAAACAGCACGAACGGAGUCAAUCCACGCAUCUUGUUUUUCACUAUGGAGACUGCUAUUCCCUGCAUUCUCAUUUUCAUUGGAAACAAUUUCAUCUUGGUCCAGGUCUACUCAAACAACAAAGCGUAUUCUUUCGGUUAUGGGGUCGCACGCAUUCCAGCAGGCUCAGCUUCGUCGCAGUCGAACCACCAGUGUUAUCGUUCGUCUUUUAAUCGUGUUCCUCGUAUGCGUCAUUCCCAUCUGCUUUUAUAACGUCAUCUUCAUCAAAGACGACGCCACUUUACGCGAAACAGUACCAGAACUCGGCAUAGUGCUGUACUGCAUCUACUUCCUGCAGUAUUGCAUCAACAACUUCAUAUACGUCGUUUGUUUCGAAAAGUACCGUUGCGCGUACUACCAGUUCCUCUGCUUCAUUCUAUGUCGGAAGGUGGAGCCGUUAACACCGGUGAAGACCCUUCCUUUGCGUCCAAGCGACCAAGUCUACACAAUUAGCAGACCCCACGGCCUCCAGGUACCCGAGGGGAGAUUUCCACGCUCGCCCUCGGAGUGUGAGGAGGAGAGACGUGCAGAAAACUACCCAGAAUACCAACAAUGGCACAUAAUUUCGCCAUCCAAAUCGCUCUCGUCCCAAGCCCGUUUCGGUCUGGAGAUUCCCGAGUCGCGCCUUGCCUCGUCGCUCCGGUCGCAGGGAGAAAGUGUUACCUCUGAGAGCGACGUACCCGACAGGAGGCACACCUUCGGGAGUCUAAGUGUGUGUUCGUCGACUGCCACUCUGGUCCUGCCCGCUGUCAGGAAAUUCUCUCUCAAGAAAAAGCUCAAGAGAACUUUCUCCAGAUGAGGGCUAGCACUUUGGAUCAUGGCAAGAAACAUGGUCCACUUUCAAAACGGCUGCAAUGUACAGCCUUAUGUUGUGUAUGUCUUUUUUUGUAUUUGAAUAUGUAUAUGUAUAUAUAUAUAUAUAUAUAUAUAUAUAUAUUUGUUACCAGUUAUUAAGUUAUCUUUCAUUGUAUAUAGUCACAAUAAUUUAUACUAACAAUCAUGGAAUGUGUUAUCUUUUAUAUGCCGUCUCAUAUACAAAUAUAUGGCAACUGUUCAAAUAUAUAUGUAUGCUUUUUUACGUAUAUAUGUGUGUGUAAGUAUAUAUAUAAUGAAUGUGUUAAAAUAUUUUGAUACUUCAGGAAGUUUUUGUAAACAAGUAUGAACAACGUUUUAUAUAUAUAUAUAUAUGUAAAUAAAAAGGAUUUAUAA